AUGGACGCGGCCGCCGCGGCCCCGGCGGAGCCCCCGGUGCCGGCGGACAGCAUCCGGCGCUGGCUGCGGGCCGAGGGCGCCGACCCCGCCGCCCCGGCAGAGGAGCAGCUGGGUCUGGCCUGGCGGCUCCUGCAGCGAGCGGAGACCCGGCUGGGAGAGCUGGAGCGGCGGCGGAGCCAGGACAUGAGAGACGUGGAAAGCUACGUGGGCCACGUCCGUGCCCUGACAGAAGAGAGGGAUGCCAUUGCCUCUGAGUAUGAGAAGGAGAAUGAGCAGCUCAGAUUGGAGCUGGCCCAGCUACAGCUGCAGCAGGAAAGCCAGCUGAAGGAGGUGGAGGAGAUGCUGGAGCAGGAAGGUUUGUCCCACAUCUCGUGCAGUGCUGCCAGUGAACAGGUUGCCUAUCUCCUGGUGGAGCGGGCGGCGCUGCUGGCAAGGCUGGAGGUGGCAGCCCAGCAGCUGGGACCCCACAGCAGCAUGGAUAGGCUCCAGUUCUGCAGGGAAGAGCUGGAGGGCCAGCAAGCAUUGCCUGCAGGAGAUGUGGGGGAUCUGGAUGAGGCCCCACAGAGGCUGAUGGAGUCCCAGGAGGAGAUCCCAGGCCUGGAUGCACAAAGCAAAGAGCAGAGUGGAGCAGACAGGGCUGAGCUCCAGAGGGCCAUGGAGCACAACAGCCGGCUGGACAAGGAGAUCCUGGCGCUGCGGGCGCGCGUGCAGACCCUCGACCUGGAGAGGAAAGCAUUCCUGGAGCUGGUGGAGCAGCUGAAGGAGGAGAUCUGUGAGUACCAGCGGAGCGAGAGGCCAGAGCCACCAGCACCAGAGGGACUUGGAGUGGCCUCACUGCAGGCACAGGGCACACAGGAGGAAGCAGGAGCUGAUGGAGACCCUGGUGCCAGCAGAGCUGCCCCAUAUCAGGAACAUGGAGAUCAGGGUGUGGAAACUCUGCACAAAAGGUGCAGGGAAGCCAUGGAGAGCACCGAGGGCAGGAAUUCCCAGCUCCUUCACAAGCUGCAGAAACUGGAGCAGGAACAAGAGGGUUUGGUUGAGCACAAUGAGAAGCUGGAAUCAAUCCUGGGAGAGACACAGAGCCAAAGCAAGCAGGAAAGCAAAGUGGAGGGACUGCACCAGAAGAUCACCAGUUUGGAAACAGAGUUGUUUGAGGUGCAGAAGAACAAAAGUGAGAUGGAUGGGAGUGAGCAGGUGACGUCUGGAGCUCAGGAGAUGCAGGAGAUGUUGGAAAGCUGUCAGGAAACAAUAGACAAGCUGGGAAGUCAGCUGGGAGAGAGGAGAGAAAGGAGAAAGCAGCUGGCAUCUGAGCUGGAGCUGCUGAGGGAAGAUUUGAAGGCUGAGAAGGUUCUGGGCAGCCAGGGUUUGCCUGACUCCCACUCAGAGCUCCCAGGCCACAAAAACACCUUCCCAAGUGUCCAGAGAGCAUCAGCCAGCAGGGAUCUGGUGGAUGUAUCCCAUGAGAAGCUAUACAAAGACAGUGCUUUGCUAAUUCCAGAGGCCUCUGAAGUCCUGCAAGACAGAGGACAGAGCCCCAAAGUGGAGCAGAAGCAGGAGGAUCCCAGUGCAGAUGCAAAGACCUAUGAGGAGCAGAUGGCUAAAGUGGUGUUUUUGGAAGAACAGAUCAAAAACCUGAGGGAAGAACAAGAAGUGCUCUGUUCUGAGUUACUAGAGAGCAACAAGAAGAAGGAGGAGCUGGAAAAGCAGCUCAAGGAGAGCAGUGAAGAGAAGAGGCUGCUGCUGGAAGAAAUUGCCCAGCUCAGAUGUGACAUCCGCAGUGCCUGGGAGCAGGGAGACAUGAGGAGGAUCACCCCAGGCUUGGAGCAGAGGGAGAGCAGGUUCCUCCCAUGGCAGAGCUCUGCAGGCAGCUUAGAAGGGAGCCUGAAACAGGGUGUGUCUGAGGAGAGGUUCCAGCAGCAGGAGGAGAAGCUGCAGCAGCUGCGCCAGGACCUGCGGCGGGUGCAGAACCUGUGCAGCUCUGCUGAGAGGGAGCUCAGGUAUGAGAGGGAGAAGAAUGCUGACCUCCAGAGGCAGAAUCUGCUGCUCCAGCAGGAAUGCACCAAGGUCAAAGCUGAGCUGAAGCAGGCCCGGGCCAAACUCUCAGAGACCACAGAAACAUGUUCCUCCCUCUCAGCACAGUGGGACAGGAGCCAGCAGAAGGUCAAGGAGCUGGAACUGGAGCUCUCCAAGUGCUCCCAGGCUGAUAAGCUCAGGAGCAGCCUCCAGGAGAGGCUGGCCCAGGAGAAAUCCAGAGCAGGAGAGGCACAAAAGAAGGUCUCCAAACUGCAGCAGAAGCUGAAGGAUUCCCAGCACCAGCUGCUGCUGGCAGAGGCUCGUGCUUCUGACAAGAAGCUUCUGGAAGAGGAGCUGAAGGAAGCUCGGGAGAAUGAAGCUCGAGUGCAGCAGGAACUUCACGAGGAGCAGCUGAAAAGGAGGCUCCUGGAGCAGCAGGUGGAGGAGCUGAGGCAGCAGCUCCGGCAUUCCCGGGAGACGGAGGCGUCGCUGGCCAAGAUGCACGUGGAGCUCCAGGCCAAGACCCUGCACGUCCUGGAGGAUGAGAAGAAGCUGGAUGCUGGUGAGCAUGUGCAGUGCCAGAAGGAGAACCAGAAGCUCUCGGAGCAGCUGGUGCUGCUGAAGGAGGAGAACAAAGCCCUGUAUGAGGAGGGUGUCAGACUCCUGAACCAGAAGGAUCUCUAUGUCAGGAAAUACAACGAGAUGCAGCUCAGACACAAGGACAAGAUCCGCAGGGCCAAGGAGACUUUCAUCCACGAGGUGAAACAGAGGGACAGCAGGAUCAAACAGCUGGAAAACGAGCUCAGCGAGUCCAAACUCCAAGUGGAAAAGGGGAAGGUGCUGAUUGCCCAGAUCACUGCUGAGAACGAGAAAUUACUGCAGGAGAGGCGACGGCUCCUCCAAAAAAUCUCAGACCAGGAGGAGUCCCCGUGGAGCCUCCGCUCUGGGAUUCCCUCCCUGCAGAGCAGAGGGAAGACCCUGGAGGAGGAGAACGCGCGGCUGCAGGACAAGCUCCAGCUCUCCAGCCUUGUGGGCUCCUCGCAGCGCCUGGCCAGGAGCAGCCCUGCUCCCAGCACUGAGGACCUGAAGCUUGCUCCUGGAAGCCACCCUCAGAGCAAGGUGCUGCCACCUCCUCGUGCCAGCUUCCCACCCCGAGAUCUCCCAGAGCCCCUGGGCGCCCUGAAGGCCCCGCAGAGCACAAAGCCUGAGGGAGAGGCUGAGAGCCAGGAUUCCUCCUUCUGCCUGUCCCCCUCACAGCCCUCAGAGAUUGGGUACCUGAACGUGGCCUCUCCUGGGGACAGCACGGCCCCCUCAGCCUCCCCUCUGCAGGAGCAGAGCCACAGCCUGGGCUCCCAGAGCUUCUGAGCUGGGGAUGCUGGUGCAGCCUGACCUCACCUGCAGGAUCUGGCCUCCUGGAGCCAUGGGACAGCAGAGCCUGCAAAGAGAAUUGCCAAAUGGACAAAUGGACUGUGCCAUGAUUGCUGGGAUGUGUUCCAACUAAAUGAUUCCACAGUUUUGUUGUUUUGGUUUUUUUUUUUUUUUUUUUUUUUUACUUGCCCACCUGUAAAUGUGUGUGUGUGAUCCCAGAUCCACUGGAGGCUGGAAUUUGUAAAUAAACUCUGUACAGUGCUAGAGGGGUGGGGUGAAGGGUGUCUUCCCUCCACCCUAAUCCCCUAAUCCAGUCCAAAUCUAUAAAUUUUAUAAAUAAAACUUGCAGAAUUUCCCUUUUA